AUGUCCGCCCCGCUUGCCAACAAAGUGUUCGUCAUCACCGGCGGCGCGGCUGGGAUUGGCCUCGCGACAGUCAGGACACUCCUUUCCCGCGGCGCCUCGCUCAGCGUGUGCGACAUCCACGACGGCAACUUGCGCAGCGUGAUCGAAUCACUCGAUGCGUCGGAGAUAUCGCGGGUUCUGUUCCAGACACUCGAUGUCCGCGACCGCACCCAGGUCGAUGAUUUUCUCGCCGCGACAAAGCAGCGCUUCAAGCAUGUCAACGGCGUCGCCAACAUCGCAGGCACGAUUGGCAAGAGCUUCGGCGUCCGCAACCUGUGGGAUGUCCCCAUGGCCGAGUAUGAGUUCGUGAUGGACGUUAAUGUCCGUGGCAGCUUCAACUUCGUCGCCCAGGCUCUGAAGCCAGGGUAUCUGGAGGAUGGAUCGAGCAUCGUGAAUGUCGGCAGUGUUGCGUCGCUACGAGGCUACGAUAAGGGCGCUAUUUAUCCCAUCAGCAAACAUGCGGUGAUUGGAUUGACCAAAGGCGCAGCGAAGGAAGGAGGACCUCGCGAAAUCCGAGUGAAUGCUGUGUUGCCGGGACCGAUCCAGACGCAACUCCUAAGAGAGACUACCCACGCCUUCGGGGACCUGAAACGGCCGAGUGCCUACCGACCUUUUACGCGCGAAGGAGAUCCUCAGGAAAUAGCUAAUGUAAUUUCCUUCUUGUUGGGUCCUGAGAGCACAUAUGUGACUGGCGCAGUAUGGGCUGCAGAUGGGGGAUCUCUGGCAUAG